CAGACAUGUCGCGGCGCAGUAUGAGGCUGGUUUUAGGGGGAUACUACCACCAAUCCUCAGACGAUGACGAGUCCUCCUCCGUUUCCUACAGGGAGAGCCCUGUGAGGUGUGUGUGUGUGUGUGAGUGUGUUGUGUUUCAUGUUGUACCGUAUAGCCUAAUACAGUAGGCCUGACAAAGUUGCUUUAACAAAGUUAUCUCUCUCUCUCUCUCUCUCUCAGGGUUUUUACUAAGAGGAAGACGGGUGGUCGUAAAGUGGCAGCCUCUCGUACCUCCAGCCGGGCCAACAGCGUGGCUAGCACCACUAGCAGCAAGACUAGUACAGUGGAGCCACCCAUCAAUGCUGAGGACUACAUUGGUACGGUUCACACCACUUCCUACAUCCACUGUCUUAAUGACACUCACUCAGUUACUUUCACUGUCUAAGCCUAUUCUGUAUACUUUGUAUUGCAGCUGCCUGUUUGUCUAUGGUUAUAGUUAGCUAUUAUGGCUAUUCAAAACUGACCGUCUGACUCUCUCUAUUUGUCCCCGCACACCCUGCCUUUCAGGGGUCUUAAGCUUGGGUCAGAGGAGGAAGACCUUCCAGGAACCUCCAGCCCCAGCCCCGGCCCCGGCCCCCAGCCUGAAGCUGGCUCCCAGCCCCAGGGGCUUCUCAUCCUGCCAGACUGGCCUGAACCAGGCCCAGAGCCAAAGCGCCGUAGACAGCUCUGGUUACUCCUCUUCAGAGGCAAGACGUUACAGAGGAUACUCUGGAGACUCCUCCUUAGGCAAACAAAGGGUUAGCGCCAACCAGAGCUCUGGCAGCAACAGGACAAGCGCCAGUGCCAGCCGGAGUGAGUAGUGUGUGUGCUAACUUUACCUGCUGGCGUAGCAUUAGCUUGUCUCUAUGCUUGUAGCUUGUUUGUUAACGUUAGCUUUAUCUCUGUCUUCUCCUGUAGCCCCUCCGUUUGUCCCGGCCGAUGUGAGGAAGGCCGUUCUAAUUGCCAUCCUCCUCAUCCUGUUGACCUUCGGUGAGUGACAUCACACCACAGAAUCAGACCGUCUAUAGUUCUAUAGAACUGCCAUGAAAAGAAUCAACAGCACUGUUACUUUAUUGGUGCCAGCAGUACAUUGUACACAGAUGACAUGCCUAACAAUAGUACUUACUGCCAAUUGAAAUAACAGAAGUACAACACAUACAACCCAUUGUUGACGAUCAAUAAUGUUCUAAAUGUUGUCUGUGUAACCUGUCCUGUAUGAUAAUGUGCUCCUUAGAGUAUUCAAGUCUAUUCUACCCCUCUCUGCUAGGCUGCUGGCACCUUGCCCCCUUGGUAUGGGCCUCCCUGACUCCAGCCCUGAAUGUUAUGACUAUGACCCAGAACCGACCCGUCAUCACCCCGACUCCACCACCUGUCUUCACUCCGCCUCCCAAGGCUAUGGUAGGAUCUGAUGGGACCGCAUACCCGCCAAUAAUCUCUCUUUCUCUUGAUUUGAUAGGAUGCUGCAUUGACGCUCUCCAUGUGUACUCCUGGAUUGUACAAUAAAAGCUUGUUUGUUGAAACUCUUUCUGCAGGAUGGAGCUUCGGUAUUUAAUUCUGCUCUGGAAGCUAAGAUGAACACCAUCCUGGUAAGGGAGACAAAGAGAGAAUGCACAAAUAUACAGCAUUUGGGUGUAUUCAUUGGGUUAACUGACUUGUGUACGUGUUCUCCCGCAGAGAGAAAUAGAAAUUCUUAAGAAGAAGGAACACCAGCAGAAAUUUGUGACCGAGGUGAGUACUCUACAGUGCAGUAUUAUUUGGAAUGGGGUGUCAUAAGGUCCUAUAACAGUCUAGUAUGGAGAACAGUGUUUCAGUUAUAGAUGUCUAUUGUAGUGUAGUAUAUGUGUAAUAGGGAGUGAUUUAUAAUACCCCAUAAUGACAAAGCAAAAACAGGUUUUUAGACAUAUUUGCAAAUGUAUUAUAAAUAAAAAAACGGAAAUAUCACAUUUACAUAAGUAUCCAGACCGUUUAGUGAGUACUUUGUUGAAGCACCUUUGGCAGCGAUUACGGCCUCGAGUGUUCUUGGAUAUGACGCUACAAGCUUGGCACACCUGUAUUUGGGGAGUUUCUCCCAUUCUUACAUUUACAUUACAUUUACGUCAUUUAGCAGACGCUCUUAUCCAGAGCGACUUACAAAUAGGUGCAUUCACCUUAUAGCCAGGGGGAUAACCACUUUACAAUGUUUUUUUAAUUUAAUUUUGUAUUUAUUUUUUGGGGGGGUUGGAGUAAGGGGGGGGGGGGGGGGGGGGGGGGGGUAGAAGGAUUACUUUAUCCUAUCCCAGGUAUUCCUUAAAGAGGUGGGGUUUCAAAUGUCUCCGGAAGGUGGUGAGUGACUCCGCUGUCCUGGCGUCGUGAGGGAGCUUGUUCCACCAUUGGGGUGCCAGAGCAGCGAACAGUUUUGACUGGGCUGAGCGGGAACUAUGCUUCCGCAGAGGUAGGGGAGCCAGCAGGCCAGAGGUGGAUGAACGCAGUGCCUUCGUUUGGGUGUAGGGACUGAUCAGAGCCUGAAGGUACGGAGGUGCCGUUCCCCUCACAGCUCCGUAGGCAAGCACCAUGGUCUUGUAGCAGAUGCGAGCUUCAACUGGAAGCCAGUGGAGUGUGCGGAGGAGCUGGGUGACGUGAGAGAACUUGGGAAGGUUGAACACCAGACGGGCUGCGGCAUUCUGGAUGAGUUGUAGGGGUUUAAUGGCACAGGCAGGGAGCCCAGCCAACAGCGAGUUGCAGUAAUCCAGACGGGAGAUGACAAGUGCCUGGAUUAGGACCUGUGCCGCUUCCUGUGUAAGGCAGGGUCGUACUCUCCGAAUGUUGUAGAGCAUGAACCUACAGGAUCGGGUCACCGCCUUGAUAUUAGCGGAGAACGACAGGGUGUUGUCCAGGGUCACGCCAAGGCUCUUCGCACUCUGGGAGGAGGACACAAUCUCACAAACACACAUCUUCUCUGCAGAUCCUCGCAAGAUCUGUCAGGUUGGAUGGGGAGCGUCGCUGCACUGCUAUUUUCAGGUCUCUCCGGAGAUGUUAGAUCGGGUUCAAGUCCGGGCUCUGGCUGGGCCACUCAAGGACAUUCAGAGACUUGUCCCGAAGCCACUCCUGCGUUGUCUUGGAUGUGUGCUUAGGGUCGUUGUCCUUCGUUGUUUCAUCAGACCAGAGAAUCUUGUUUCUCAUGGUCUGAGAGUCCUCUAGGGGCCUUUUGGCAAACUCCAAGCGGGCUGUCAUGUGCCUUUUACUGAGGAGUGGCUUCCGUUUGGCCACUCUACCAUAAAGGCCUAAUUGGUGGAGUGCUGCAGAGAUGGUUGUCCUUCUGGAAGGUUCUCCCAUCUCCACAGAGGAACUCUGGAGCUCUGUCAGAGUGACCAUCGGGUUCUUGGUCACCUCCCUGACCAAGGCCCUUCUCCCCCGAUUGCUCAGUUUGGCCGAGCGGCCAGCUCUAGGAAGAGUCUUGGUGGUUCCGAACUUCUUCAAUUUAAAAAUGAUGGCGGCCACUGUGUUUUUGGGGACCUUUAAUGCUGAAGAAAUGUUUUGGUACCCUUCCCCAGAUCGACGCUUCGACACAAUCCUGUCUCGGAGCUCUACGGACAAUUCCUUCGACCUCCUUGGUUUUUGCUAAGACAUGCACUGUUAACUGUGGGACCUUAUAUACACAGGUGUGUGCCUUUCCAAAUCAUGUCCAAUCAAUUGAAUUUAACAUAGGUGGACUCCAAUCAAGUUGUAGAAACAUCUCAAGGAUGAUCAAUGGAAACAGGAUGCACCUGAGCUCAAUUUCGAGACUCAUAGAAAAGGGUCUGAAUACUUACGUAAAGACGUUUUUCUAUUUAUUUUUGUUUGUUUUUACAUAAAAAAAAAAAAAAAACAUGUUUUCACUUUGUCAUGAUGGGGUAUUGUGUGUAAAUUGAUGAAGAUUUGAUUUGAUUUGAACCAUUUUAGAAUAAGGCUGUAACAUGUAUAUGUUUGCCUUCCAAAAGUAUUCAUCCCCCUUGGCAUUUUUCCAAUUUUGUUGCAUUACAACCUGUAUAUUUAAAUGGAUUUUUAUUUGGAUUUCAACAAAUUCAAAAAAAAUAUAUAACGGAAAAGUGGUGCGUGCAUAUGUAUUCACCCCCUUUGCUAUGAAGCCCCUAAAUAAGAUCUGGUGCAACCAAUUACCUUCAGAAGUCACAUAAUUAGUUAGAUUGCACACAGGUGUACUUUAUUUAAGUGUCACAUGAUCUCAGUAUAUAUACACCUGUUCUGAAAGGCCCCAGAGUCUGCAACACCACUAAGCAAGGGGCACCACCAAUCAAGCGGCACCAUGAAGACCAAGGAGCUCUCCAAACAGGUCAGGGACAAAGUUAUGGAGAAGUACAGAUCAGGGUUGGGUUAUAAAAAAACAUCAGAAACUUUGAACAUCCCACGGAGCACCAUUAAAUCCAUUAUAAAAAAAUUGAAAGAAUAUGGCACCACAACAAACCUGCCAAGAGAGGGCCGCCCACCAAAAUUCACAGACCAGGCAAGGAGUGCAUUAAUCAGAGAGGCAACAAAGAGAUCAAAGAUAACCCUGAAGGAGCUGCAAAGCUCCACAGCAGAGAUUGGAGUAUCUGUCUGUAGGACCACUCCACAGAGCUGGGCUUUAUGGAAGAGUGGACAGAAAAAAGCCAUUGCUUAAAUAAAUAAAUAAGUAAAAAUGUUUGGUGUUCGCCAAAAGGCAUGUGGGAGACUCCCCAAACAUAUGGAAGAAGGUACUCUGGUCAGAUGAGACUAAAAUUGAGCCUUUUGGCCAUCAAGGAAAACGCUAUGUCUGGCGCAAACCCAACACCUCUCAUCACCCCGAGAACACCAUGUUUUUCAUCGGCAGGGACUGGGAAACUAGUCAGAAUUGAAGAAAUGAUGGAUGGCGCUAAAUACAGGGAAAUUCUUGAGGGAAACCUGUUUCAGUCUUCCAGAGAUUUGAGACUGGGACGGAGGUUCACCUUCCAGCAGGACAAUGACCCUAAGCAUACUGCUAAAGCAACACUCAAGUGGUUUAAGGGGAAACAUGUAAAUGUCUUGGAAUGGCCUAGUCAAAGCCCAGAUCUCAAUCCAAUUGAGAAUCUGUGGUAUGACUUAAAGAUUGCUGUACACCAGCGGAACCCAUCCAACUUGAAGGAGCUGGAGCAGUUUUGCCUUGAAGAAUGGGCAAAAUUCCCAGUGGCUAGAUGUGCCAAGCUUAUGGAGACAUACCCCAAGAGACUUGCAGCUGUAAUUGCUGCAAAAGGUGGCUCUAUUAAGUAUUGACUUUGGGGGGGUGAAUAGUUAUGCACGCUCAAGUUUUUCUGUUUUCUUGUCUUAUUUCUUGUUUGUUUCACUAAAAUAUAUAUUUUGCAUCUUCAAAGUGGCAUGUUGUGUGAAUGAAAUGAUACAAACCCCCAUAAAAUCAAUUUUAAUUCCAGGUUGUAAGGCAACAAAAUAGGAAAAAUGCCAAGGGGGUGAAUACUUUCGCAAGCCUGUGUGUGUGUGUAUGUUUUGUACUAUAGAAGUGUUGUAUAUUUACGUAUAUGGUUGAGAUGUAGUCUUUGUGCUCGUCUAUCCCAACAGAUGGUAGAGAGACUGCAGACAGACUUGGCAGAUGUUAGGACGGACGUGAGGGACGUGAGAGUGAGAGUGGACAGGUGAGUGUGUGUGUGUGGCUGGCCCCAUCCAGAACCUACCCCUAGCCUCUACCUCCUGCCCCUACCCCUAGCUCCUGCCCCUACCUACUACCCCUAGCCUCUACUUCCUGCCCCUGCCCCUACCCCUAGCUCCUGUCCCAUGCUCCCCAGGGUUGAGUAUGUUCCAGUUAUAGUAACAUUCUCCUCCAACAGUAGAUCUCUGGGCACUUGGGAAGAUUGAAAGGAUUGAAAACCUACUCUCAUGCUUUUUCUAUUGACCGAUCUAAUGUCCCAACCUUGGUUGCAAAACAAACUUUGUCUUAAAUCCAAUCUUGACUUAACCUUUAAGAAUGUUUUGUGAGUUUGCUGUCACAGGGGGUUGAAAGAAGAUAAAUUAACAUCUCUGUUUCUCACUGGACAAUUAAGUUAUAUUGUAUUCUUUUCUAUUGUAGUGUGAAUCCGCUGGAUUGGGAGCAUCGUUUGAGCCAGCAGACAGCCGGCUUCACCAGUCAGGUGGGCGAGCUGAAGGACCAACACACACACGUCAGGCAGAGAGUCGCUUCCCUGGAGGACCAGAGUGCCACGGUAAUGUACACAAAACACACAUACUCAGUCAAAUUUGUAGCACUGAACUUUUGCACUUUCUUAAAAGUGGUUCUGCAUAAGAACUGGUGCUAAAUAUCUAAAAUGUGAAUGGAUGAGUCCAAAAUGGCACCCUAUUCCCUACAUAGUGCACUACAUUUCACAUUUUAGUCAUUUAUCAGACGCUCUUAUCCAGAGCGACUUACAAUACAUUUUGACCAGAGCCCUAUGGUAGUGCACUAAACAGGGAAUGGGGUGCCAUUUGGGACACAGUCAAUUAUGAGCCUUCCUAACCUAAUGGAUGUGGUCUCUCUGUGUUGUGUAGCUGGGGCAGCAGGUCUCCUCUAUUCAGAACCAGCUUCCUCCAGCUCCCAACCCCACCACAGCCAACACACACCUGACCUAUGAGCUCAAAGAGACCAUGGCCAAAUGGCUGCGUGAGAAUGUGCCCCAGAACGAGCCACGGAUGGUGAAAGAGGUUGUGAAGGACUGCAGUCCCCUAUUGGCCGACAGGAUGCCGGACUUUGCCUUAGAGUCCCAAGGUGCCAGCGUUGUGAGCACACGGUGUUCUGAGACUUACCGUACCCGCUCGGCAUGCGUGUCCUUCCUGGGUGUACCCCUCUGGUACCCCUCUGAGAGCCCCCGCACCGUUAUCCAGGGCCAGGCGGUGCAGGCUGGGAAGUGCUGGGCGUUCCACGGAGCGCAGGGCACCCUGGUCAUCGCCCUGUCUCAUCCUGCCCACAUCACCCACGUCACCCUGGAGCACCUGCCCGUCUCCAACGCCCCCACCGGACGCAUCGACAGUGCGCCCAAGGCCUUCUCUGUCUAUGUGAGUCAUCUCUGACCUCUGACCUCUGGCCCUUCCCUGACACACUAUUCAGUGCAUAACUUUUGCCCAGAGCCACAUCUACAUAAUCUACUGUUGAGGAUUUCCUACAGAGAUGUUUAGAGCAGUAUGGUGAAUAUCUUUAACGCUGAUGACUCGUUUCUGUCUUUAAAAAUCGGACUCCUCCCUCUCUCUGUGCAGGGUAUGUCCACUGAAACAGAAGAUGGCAUCUGGCUGGGAACCUUCACUUAUGAUCAGCACGGAGAGCCAAUCCAGACCUUCCAACUGCCUGUGAGUCCCAAAAUUCUAUCUUAGCCUGGGUUGUAUUCAUUAGUGCACACCGUUUCAAAAUUAAGCAAAACAUUUUGCUACAGAAAAUGUGUGUUUCUUAUUGGACAAGUUCAGGUAGUCCCUCCCUCCUUUCAGUUUUUCUUCCAUUUGGUGCCUAGUGAAUACGACCCCCAGUUAGGCAACCUAGGUUAUUUUUGGUUGGCGUGACGUUAGUCGGGCUUGAUGUUUAUGCAACAGACUAUAGCUGAAAUAAGCCUGGAAUAGAACUGGACUAGGACCAUAGAACUAAGUUCUAACUACCUAGCUAGUAACUACUGUUGACCCUAAUGCAAUAUCCAUUCAGUCAUCUAACCUUUUCUCCUUGUUCUCUCUGUCAGAACCCUACCAGGGCUGGCUAUUAUUACGUGGAGCUGCGCAUUCUGAGUAACUGGGGUCACCUGGAGUACACGUGCGUGUACCGCUUCCGUGUGCACGGACACAUGGCCGCCUCUUCCAAGUGA